AUGGCCAUCAUCGUGGUUACCUCGCGGUCCGCCAACUCGCUGCUCAGCGCCGCGCCGGCCGCCGCCGCGCGGCCCCACAGCUCCGGCGCCGCCGCCGCCGCCGCCGCCGCCGCCGCCGCCAGCGCGCGCUCUCCCGUGGAAUCAGUCUGCAGAGGACGCAGUGUUGCUCAACACAGCACACCUGCUGGUGGCGCAGCGGACGGCCGCGGCGUUCGGUGCCCCGCGGUCCUCGGUUCGACGCCCGGCCCGCGCCGUGCAGUGGCUGCGCGCCGCCUGGCACCGUCGCCGCCUUUGGGUGGAGUUCAAGGCCGUCCGUCAAUUAUGCGGGGCGCCUUUGUGCUGAGCCCGCCGUUCUCCGCGCGCCUUGUACGUUUUGUGCGCAAAAGAAGAGCAAGUGAAGUAGGGCGUGGCGGUGGCGGCGGUAGCGGCAGCGGCUUUAAUUUGGCGGUGCGUGCAGUGCGUGCGCGGGCUCUGCCCCUGGCACGGCCAGGGACAGCGGGGGCGGCGGGGGUGGCAGGGGCGGCCUGCCACCGCACGACACAGCGCCCCGCCUCCAGGACACCGCCCACGCAUUCAUUAGCGCUCCGCGCGCACGACUUCGGCUUCCGCGGCAAGAGCAGUUGA